UACUUUUCGCGAUGUUGCCAGUAAAUAUCUUUAACUUAGCAUGCAUUAGAAUUCAUGUAGUAGUACUUCUUGUUUAAGUAAAGAUCUAUUCGUCCACUCAGGGUAAUUGAAAAAAGAAAAAUUUUCCUUAGUAAAAAAAUCCUUCAUCUUGGGAAUUUCAAGAAAGAACACUUCUAUAUUCUUUCGCAAUGGCGUAUCAGUCUGAGAUCCUCCACGGUUCUAAAAACAAUUAUUUGUGUGAACAUUGUUUAAAAUCAUUUUCCAACGCCAGUCGUUUAGAAAUGCAUCUGAGAAUCCAUAAUGGUGAAAAACCAUAUAGAUGUGAGCACUGCUCAAAGGCAUUUUCCGAAGAUUCAAAUUUAAAAAGACAUCAGAAAAUCCACACUGGCGAGAAACCGUAUUCUUGUAAUUAUUGUCCGAAGGCAUUUAUAACAGCGUUUACCUUAAAGACACAUCUGAGACUCCAUACUGGUGAGAAACCGUAUUCCUGUGAAUGUUGUUCAAAGACAUUUUCCUGCUCUUCAAAUUUAAAGAAGCAUCUGAAAGUACAUACUGGAGAGAAACCGUACUCCUGUGAACGUUGUUCAUUGGCAUUUUGCCGCCUUAGCAGUUUGAAAUUGCAUGUGAGGACCCAUACUGGCGAGAAACCGCAUUCCUGUGAACAUUGCUCAAAGUCAUUUUACCGCGCGUCAAGUUUAAAGGAACAUCUGAGGACCCAUUCUGGCGAGAAACCGUAUUCCUGUGAACAUUGCUCAACGUCAUUUUACCACGCGUCAACUUUAAAGACACAUCUGAGAUUCCAUACUGGUGAGAAACCGUAUUCCUGUAAAUAUUGUUCGAAGACAUUUUCCUGUUCUUCACAUUUAAAGACACACCUGAGGUUCCAUACUGGAGAGAAACCAUAUUCCUGUGAACACUGUUCAAAGGCAUUUUACAGCGCGUCAACUUUAAAGAAACAUCUUAGAGUACAUACUGGAGAGAAACCGUUCUCCUGUGAGUUUUGCUCAAAGGCAUUUUCCCUCUCUCCAGAUUUAAAGACGCAUCUAAGAACCCAUACCGGCGAGAAACCGUAUUCCUGUGAACAUUGUUCAAUGGCAUUUUGCCACCUUAGCAGUUUAAAAUUACACCUGAGGACUCAUUCUGGCGAGGAACUGCACCAGAAAUUUUCCUGUGAAGUUUGUCUAAAGAAAUUUUCUCUACUAGUAAACCUGAAAAGGCACGUGAGAAUCCAUACCGGAGAAAAGCCGUUUUCCUGUAAAGUGUGUUCUAAGAAAUUUUCUCGUAAAGAGCACCUGAAAAAUCACUUGAGAAGACAUACUGUAGAAACAAGGCCGUAG